AUGGCGGCUCCCACGAAAGUUGCGGUGGAACUUUUCUACGAUGUCAUUUCACCGUACUCGUGGCUCGCGUUCGAAGCACUUCACCGCUACCGAACUCCCUGGAACCUCGACCUCAAGUUGAGGCCGUUCUUCCUGGGCGGCGUCAUGAAGGAAUCGAACAACAGGCCACCGGCCAUGGUGCCGAACAAGGCGGCGUACAUGCAGGCCGACCUCCGAAGGUCAUCCAAGCUCUUCCAAGUCCCGAUCAAGGUUCCGGACUUCUUUUUCGAGUUCAUCACGACCAAGUCCACGAUAAAUGCGCAACGUUUCUUGGUGGCGCUCCAGCUGAGACAGCCGCAGUUUCUCGAAGAGGCAUCUAGGGGAUUCUGGAAGCGUUUCUACCAGGACAACAAGGACAUCGCCGAGGAGGACAGCAUCGCGGCCGUAGGCCAAGCCAUCGGUAUGGACGCGGCCACGUUGAAAGAAACGCUGGGCCUCAUGAAGGAUGAUUCUGUUAAAGAGGGUCUCAAGAAGAACACGUCGGAUGCUGUUGAUGUUUACGGUGCUUUUGGUGCUCCCACCAUCGUAGCGCAUGUCCCUGGUGGAAAGCCGGAGAUGUUCUUUGGUAGCGACAGGUUUGAACAGAUGGCUUGUGUCCUCGGAAAACAGUGGCACGGGCCCGUACUACCUCAAGGUGCCAAGCUGUAACGGGGGUGGCCACGCUGUCCAUUACCCUCCGGUUUUGUUACCUUGUUAAAAAGAGGAAGAUCCCCAUUGAAGUGGGUACAAAAAUGCUCAAAUAAGCCUGUGUAAAUUGUUCUUGUUGAACACCUCUUAUGGGGCAUAUUGAAUAUGUUUGCAAUUGCUGUAGUGCCUCACUCAGUUUUGACGAACACACAAUAUGCUGGGAAAAUUGGUGAUAGAAUAGGGAGCAACAAUGUAUGGUCACUCUGCAGAUUACUUGAAAGCUGACAAACUCGAUACUAAACGGGGCUGAAGAAAGUAUGCUCUCCUGUGAUCGUUAUUCCGUUUGUUUGGGUUACAUUCGAUGAUUGGAUAUUCCACCGUCUUGUGAGCUGCUUGACCUCGGUAUUAUUUGAAAAUGCCAUUUUAGUCGUAAAUACAAGAGAAACGUGAACGAGAAAAAUGCAUGACAGAUCCCCCAGCCUAAGUACAGAAGAGCUAUCAUAUUGUGUACCUGCUUUCAUCGGAAAUAGCAAAUACGUUAAAAUUAAGCAAAUUAACAAAACAUUAAACAAUGGUUACAUGGAAGAAAGUCAAUAAGUGGGAAAUGAAAUGUGCAUAGUUUUGCAGCACUUAUUUUUUUUUUUUUUUUUUUGAUACAGCAUAGCAUGUGUAUUAUUAAAACUGCAUAAUUACGACCAAAGGGAAAGUUGCAAAUGAUGUUGUAUUUUAAUGCUUAUGUUAAUUGUUUUAUCCAGAGUUUAUGCAUGUCGUGUAGUAGGGUAUAGAGGUAUAAUAUUGAAAUUCUGUAAAGUCUGGUACUUUUUACUUUAAGAAAGCCUGUGAUACGAUAUAAAAGUGUACGAUUUAAAUGGUCUAAAUCUAAUGACGCUCUGUUGCAACUCUACGCACAAGCUGCAUAGGCGCACGUGGGGGUUUAUAUUUGCGUGUGAUGUCUGCAACUAAACAAGAUAUCAAUUGAUUAAAGUGCAGAAAUUCCCACUAGCAUAUAAACCUUGUGCAAGGAAUUGCUUCUCUUGCUUUUAUGCAAUGUUACUCUCUUAUAUUGUAAUAAAAGUAUUUCUUUUUAUAAA